AUGGCCAAAAAUACGCCAACGAAAGUAUACGGAGCGCAUAAUUUGGAAAGCAGCAGUUGUUGUCGGCUGUGUAAAUCAGUCGGUGAUCCCGCACAUCGAUAUAAACUAUUUAACAAAACUAACAGCGAGAUCCUUGCCAUCGCUGAGCAUAUUUAUGGCCAUCCACUUCCGAAAGAAGCAGGACUGCCGCAACUUAUUUGCAGGCCAUGUGAAAGACGCCUUCGUAGUUUCCGCGCGUUUAAGAAUACAAUUGUUCAAACGCAAUCAACUUUGACCAAGUUCAAACGGUGUAACAAAGAUUCGCCUGGCGUGUCACGUGUAUCGAAAAGUUUAAAAUCGGCACAAGAACCUCCGCAAAAACAAUCCCAAAGAGCAAGACAACGCCUCUGUUUUAUGCAAUCUUCGCAUGGGAAAGAGGUAAGUUUUAUUGCAUUCACGUAACAAACACAAAAAUGCCAGUCGACAUGUACAAACAAUGCGAAAUGUACAUAUUGUGCUUUUUAAUUGUUGCAAUUUAUUUUAAGUUUUAAAUUAUAACGUAUUUAUUAUAAUGCAGAUACGGUUACUUUAGUCGUUUUAGUAUAUUAUAAACAUACAGUGUGUAUAAAAAAACUCUUACAGUAAGCCAUUGAAAUUUAAAUCAAGCAUAAACGCCGUAUUCUAUUGAAUUCAUCUGACAAGCUAUACAGUAUAAUUAUCGUUAAUUUGAAUUUUACUAAUUUGAAAGAAUGUAUUUUUUUAUAUACACACUGCAGAGCAAUGUACAUUUUGAUUUUUUGUUCAAAAUUCUGUGCAUAUUUGUAUCGAGAAUCAUUUUGAUCUUUUUCUAAAUUGUUUUUGAAAUAUUUUGUGUGCCAUGAAUAAAGGAUAUGACAUACCAGAAUAUAAUUUACAAUCUCUAUAAAGUUUAAUACGGUUGUAAACAAAUGUAAUUUAUUAGUAAAUUGUCUGAUUUUGCCAAAAUAUUCGUUCUUUCAGAAUGCAAGUGAGUCACAAAGUACGGGUAGGACAUUAAUCACGUCUCCAGCUGACAAUUGCCAGGUUCGUAUGUGUAUUAAAUACUAAAUUGUCAAUUUAGUUUUACUUUUAGGAUUUUUAUUUCAGUCUGACAGUACAACCAACGUGCAUUACAAACUUACACAAAAAAUCAUUCACUUCUAUUUUCAUUAGGAAACUGUCAAUGUGUCAAACGUGGAAACGGAACGUCAAAUCCAAAUGGAAAAUUUGCUUUCACUGAUUGAAAAAGAAUUGUUGGACGUCGUAAAAAGGGAAAAUAAAUCAGUCCUAAGAGAGAAAGAUUACCCUGCUUUGAGUUCGCUUAAUUUUCAUGACAUUGUAGAAAAGAUGAAAAAUCGUUGUCCAACUGUGUUUCAGAUCUUAUCCAACAUGGUUCAAUACCAAUUUAACAGAGAGAAGAAUAUUGUCUCUCUGGGGCUUAUAUAUAUUCAGUUAUUAUGUUCCGCAGAUGUCACGAGUUGAGUCGUGUACAGAGAGUUAACACCGUACUUCUAACAGAAGGAAAUGCUAAUAGAGAGGUAAGCUGUUAUAAUCGUACAAUUGUUACAAAACUAAUGAGCGGUAAUUUAAUUAAUUGAUACUAAGGGUAUACGAACCAGGAAGUAUAUAAUUUCUCAUUCAGUAAUUAUAAUAGAAAGAUAAUAUGUACCAAAAAAUCGAAACCUACAUUUACUGAUUUACAUAAUUAUAUUUUUUUUAUAUAAUUUUUAAUUAUAAUGCUUAAUACCGGGCGUUUGCAUAAAUAUAUAAUGGAUAACAUAAACAGGUCUAGGAUUGCAAUAAGAAUUACUUGAGAUUAGAAUAUGUUUGGGCGUUGUUUUGUCUACGUGCACUGAGGUAUAUUUAAACGUUGCAAUGCCGGUAAUAUAUAAUAUAAAUCUCGACUAAUUUCCAAGAAUAUGCAGGUUUUUGCAAUUCCUGGUACUCAGAUUUCAAAAUUUUCCUGGGCAUGAAUGGCCCCUAACACACUUUGGCACAUAUUUGCCCUGUGUCCCAUUUGUCUCUUGGCAGCCCUGCUAACAUGAAUGGCUUCACAUCAUAGUAUCAUGCUGCUUGUUAAUAUGAUGUAUUAACCUUUAAUAGCUUCAAGAGAGACUCAGCAAGGCCAUUGAUAAUGACAAGGCCAUUGAUAAUGCGAGCAGAGCUGUAGGCGGAGCAAGGAAGAUUGCAGAAAACUUUGAUUACAUGGUUUACCGAGAAGCAAAGUCAUCAUCACACAGUCAUGCAUCAUCUUUAAAAGACGAAUCAAAAGUUUUAAGUGACCUUCGCAUUUUGAAACCAUUCUCCAUUCAACCGAAUAGAAAGCAUGCAUCAUUUCGUAAAAUUAAAUCAAAUCCUUUGGAAACCCUUGAUGAAAAGGAAGUAGAUGAAUGGCUUCAGAGACAUAAGGAAAAUCUGAUGUUAGAGUCUCCAAUUGAAUUGGAUGAAGAUGAAAUGGAUGAAGAUGACAUGGCUGAAGGGGAAUUUUAUGAACAUGAAUUUGACGAAGAUGACUUAUAA